AUGGCUCCUUCUUUCCGGGUGAGUCUGCUCUUUGCUGUUCCGUCUCGGACCGGCGCAGCUCAUUUAUCAGCACAAACUCAACGCGCACCGUCUCUGAUCGCGCACAGCCCGACCUACACCAAGACUCAAGUUAUGAAUCCGCUGUUUUGCCAAGUCUGCGACCAUUUUCUAACCUCCCGACGAUGGUACUGGUGGGGAGAAGAGAAGAAGAUGUCUCUGUCUAAGCCAUACGUGCACUCCUGCACGGCCAUGAGGAUUGGCCCCGGCGCCAAGGCGCAGCCCUUGCAUCGCGAUGAUUACAUUAACCAUCGCUAUCAUGCCGAAAUUGGCCAGUGGGAUGAUGUGCGGGAUAUGGAGCGCGAGUCUGCCGUUGGUCUCUUUGUAGCUGGCUGUCGCGUCACCCGGGAGAAUGGUGGAACGCAGUUUAUUCCUCGCAGCCAUCUCUGGGGCACAGAUCGCACUACACCUCCAAAGGUCGAGCAAUGUAUUUUCGCUGAUAUGGAAAAAGGCGAUGGCUUCAUCAUGCUGGCGUCGGCAUUCCAUGGAGGGGGCUCGAACAUCACCAAAGACGAGUACAGGCUAGUCUUCGCCUCGUUCGUUGUUCGAGGCUACCUGCGCCAGGAAGAGAACCAGUUCCUGGCGGUGCCGGCGGAUGUCGCGCGCAGGUAUGACCGGGAGACUUUGGAUUUUAUGGGCUAUGCCAUGAGCGAGCCAGCUUGUGGUUACGUGGAGCAGAUGGAUCCCAUCUAUCAUCUUUGCCCGGAGCUCAAGGAAAAUGAGCGGCCGCGGGACUUUUAG